AUGACUUCCUCCUCCAGCCGCAGCAGCUACAUGUCCUCCCCCAUGAGGAGCUCCAUGAUGAUGGGCCCCGCCAUGUCCUCCUCCUCCCACCGGUUCAACGGCGUGGGAAGCGGCAGCGUGUAUGGAGGAGCCGGAGGGGCUGGAGUUCGUGUCUCCAAGGCCUCCUCCGCCAACCUGUCCACCGGCAUCGAGGAUGCCGGCAAGGGCACCAUGCAGAACCUCAACGACCGCCUGGCCUCCUACCUGGUCAAGGUGCGCUCCCUGGAGAAGGCCAACGGGGACCUGGAGCUGAAGAUCAGACAGUUCCUGGAGAGCAAGGUGGCCCCGCAGGCUCACAACUCCUCUGGCUUUAAUGUUGAGAUCAAAGACAUGCAGGACAAGAUCUACGCCGCUACUCGUGGAAACGCCACCUUCUACCUCGCCAUCGACAACGCCAAGCUGGCCACCGAGGACUUCAAAGUCAAGUUUGAGAACGAGCUGGCAAUGCGUCAGUCGGUAGAGGCCGACAUCAACGGGCUGAAGAGGGUCCUGGAGGACCUGAAUCUGAGCCGCAACGACCUGGAGAUGCAGUUGGAGGGUCUGAGGGACGAGCUGAUCCAGCUCAAGAGGAACCACGAGGAGGACCUGCUGGGUCUCAGGUCUAAGAUUGGAGGUCAGGUGAAUGUGGAGGUGGACGCCGCCCCUCAGGAGGACCUGGCCACUGUCAUGGCUGGAAUCAGAGAGCACUACGAGAACAUCAGCCAGAAGAACCGCAAAGCCCUGGAGACCUGGUUCCACACAAAGACGGCUGAGCUGAACAAAGAUGUGUCUCUGAGCACCGAGACCCUGCAGACGUCCAAGUCUGAGAUCUCAGAGGUCAAACGAACAUUACAGUCUCUGGAAAUCAAACUGCAGGCUCAGAUGAGCAAGAAAGGAGCUCUGGAGGCGAGUCUGUCUGAGACCAAAUCCCGCUACGCCAACAUGAUGCUGGGCUACCAGGGGCAGGUCGGGGCUCUGGAGGAACAGCUGGCCAACCUGAGGGGAGACCUGGAGAAACAAAGAGUCCAGUUCACGACCCUGCUGGACAUCAAGAACAGACUGGAGCUGGAGAUCGCUGAGUACAGGAGGCUGCUGGACGGAGACACUGAGAGCACCCCCGUCACCACCACCACCAAGACCACCCGGGUGGUGACCGUCAUGCAGGAAGUGGACACCAAUGGGAAAGUGAUCAACACCAAAUCCAGUUAG